CCAAUGCUGUUUUCACCCUGUCAAAACCAAAAACCACUGCUGCUCUUGCCAAACAGGCCAUUCGCCCAACCCUAAAGCUAAACACAGUCAAUCAGACUGUUUUACCCACUCCAGUGACCACCAAAAGCAAGCCCAGCCCAGCAGUAAUUCAAACCACUCCGUCAGCAGCAGUAAAGCCUACUCCAAUCAGUGGCACCAUCACCAACAAAGACAAGCACACGGUCCCAGUCAAUCAGACUGUUUUAACUAAAUCUCCCUCAGCCAGUGAAGUGAAGGCUACCAAAGACAAGCAUGCUCCCACUCCAGCCAGCAGUGCUAAAACCAUAAAAGACAAACUCCAAACUUUAGUCAAUCGGACUGUUUCAAUAAAAUCUCCUUCAACUAGUGAUGGAAAAGCUACCAAAGACAAGCAUGCCCCCACUCCAGCCAGCAGUGCUAAAAACAUAAAAGAGAAAAUCCAAACUUCAGUCAACCAGACUGUUUCAAUAAAAUCUCCUUCAACUAGUGAUGGGAAGGCUACCAAAGACAAACAUUCCCCUGCUCUAGCCAGCAGUGCUAAAACCACAAAAGACAAACUCCAAACUUCAGUCAAUCAGACUGUUUCAAUAAAAUCUCCUUCAUCUAGUGAUGGGAAGGCUACCAAAGACAAGCCUGUCCCCAGUGUAGCUCAAAAUGUUCAGUCAACAUCCUCAAAGUCUGUUCCUGUCAGUAGUGGUAAAACCACCAAAAACAAGCCCACAGCCUCUGUCAAUCAGACUGUAGCUAAAUCGCCCCCUACCAGUGAUGUGAAGAACUCCAAAGAAAAGCCUGCCCCUGCACAACCAAUCAAGGUGGUCAUCAGUGAUGGCUGUGAAUCAAGCAACACCAAGGAGCAGGAACUGAAGCUGAAGCCUGGCACUCCUUUGGUGAUGACGCAUAAGAUCAGCUUGUUGCCUGGUGGCUGCACUGGGGGAUGUGAGGCUGAGAUGGCUACGCUGAAAGGACGUCUUGCCCGACUGGAAAGAGAGAUGUCCGCCCUAAAAGAGAAAUGUCCAUGUUCUGCAAAUUGUCCAAAAGACUGUAGUGGCAAUGGAGAAUGUCAAAAGGGGAAAUGUAUCUGCCAACAGGGAUUCAUGGGUCCAGACUGCAGUAAAUGUACACAAGGAGUUGAGUGUAAUAAAAAAGCUGCCAAAGCAAAGGUAAAGUUAACUGUGGAAACAGUGACCGUACAGGCGAAUAAAGACAAGGAAAACCUGCAGGACAAAACCACCAAAGUAGAGCAUGCACUCUUCCAGAAGGUGGAGCAGAAGACGGUGUCUGAAGCCAAAGAGACUGACACUAAACCCAAAGUGGUUACUAAUGCUAAAGCAGGUCUUAAUAAAACACAAUCAAAACAAGAAGCCUCUGUUAAGAAAAUAACUAUUAAGGACUCUUCAAGUGCCUCAAAGACCAGUCGCCCAAAUGUCCGUCAAGAUCUGUUGAAACAUGAGGGAAGAAAGCAUGAAGAGGCCCGCAAAGGCAAACCGACAGUCCUGAGCUCUAAAAAGUUCCUCCAAAAAACUGACAGUAAAACAAAUCGUAAUUCUGAACAACUAAAAGACGAACCUCCAACCAAGAUAACCCAGAUUAACAUGAAGAAAUCUAAUGGCACAGCUAAAAUUGUGACCAUUCUGUCCAAGGUUGUGGGAACAAACAAAACGAGAGCAGGGAAGGAGACCUUGGAGCAGUCCACGCUGGCUGAGAAGAAUGUAACUCAGUCAUCUGUACAUAAACCCCCUAAGAAAGUGCAGUCUGUUGACAACAGAAGCACUGAAGCUGGCAAAACUGGAAAAGAGAAAGUUACACAGAAGAGUCAGUAUUUAGUUAAUGCAACCAUUGCAGCAACACCAGGCGAGGCUCGAAUGCAGAACAAAACAACUGUCAGUGGCUCGGGGAACGCAAAGAGGAUGGGAGGAUCUGGAUUAGGUUCUGUAAAGGUUGUAAACGUCUCAUCCUACAGCUUUACUGUCACGUGGUCAGCACCACAAGGGAUGUUCAAGAACUUCACCGUGAUCAGAAGAGAGCCUCGGACAGAGGAUGAUGUAGACGACCAUGAGGAGUUUGAAGAGGAAGCUCUUGAAGGAGACAAGGCCUCCACAGCAAAGAACACAACUGAAGUCCAGGUACAGAGUGAGAGCACCAACACGACUGCUGCCUCUGGUAAAGCUGUUGGAUCUAGAGGCAAAGGUGAAACCAAGAGGAUCUCUAUGGUGGUCCCUGGCAGCGUACGCUCUGUGGAGUUCAGUAACCUUCGGGCAAACACAGGCUAUGUCCUGCACGUAUAUGGUACUGCAACUGAGAGAAAAUCAAAGAUUCACAGAGUAACUGCAAUUACAGGUCCUGAGCCAGCCACAGAGAUGGUUUUCAGCAAUGUAACAGAGUCUUCUCUCAGUGUUUCCUGGUCCAAACCAAGGACCACAUUCGCAGGCUGCAGGGUCACAUUCACCAACAUUGUCACAGGAGAGAGCCGCUUUGUGACCGUGGACUCUCAGCAAUCUUACGUGGUUCUGUCCAAGUUGUCCGCUGGAUCCUCCUACAUAAUUUCUUUAACUACUACAAAAGGCAGAGCGCAGAGUGACGCCCUCACAUCCGUUAUCACCACAGUGCCCGCCCCUCCGACACAUCUACAAGUUGUCAAUGUGACAGAUACCAGAGCUGUGCUGCAAUGGACACCCAGUCUGGGGAAAGUAGACCGCUUCAUCAUCAGCUAUGAGUCCGCCAAGACUCCUAAUGUGACAGUGACAGUGAUGCUCGCCGGAAACUCAGUGGAGCACCAUUUGAGAGGCCUGCAGAGAGGCACCUUGUACACAGUCAAAGUCCUGAGCCAGAAGGACAGUCUCCAGAGUAUGGCUAUCACAACUACAUUUACCACAGCUAAUGUGGUUAAAGCCAGUGAGGUGGGUGCUCGCUCCGCAGUGAUAGCAUGGAAAGCUUCCACUGUUGUUUAUCACAGUUACAGACUGAUCUACCAAGUGGCAGGAGAGGAGACAAAGGAGGUGAUCCUGGACCCAUCCACCACUGAGUACAAGCUGACGGGACUGUUGUCAAUGUCACGCUAUAUUGUUCUGGUACAAGGCGAGAGAGAUGGGCACUACACACCAGUUGUCACCACAGAAUUCAUCACAGGCAAACUGCGUUUCCCCUUCCCUACUGAGUGCUCUCAGGAGCUGCUGAAUGGUGCUCUGCAGUCAGGAGAGGUGGAUAUCUACCCGCAAGGAAAAGAGGGACGAGCAGUCAGAGUCUACUGUGACAUGGAGAGUGACGGAGGCGGCUGGACGGUAUUCCAGAGGAGGAUGAAUGGAAACACAGACUUCUACAGAACCUGGAGUGAAUAUAGUGCUGGCUUUGGAAACCUCAGCGAAGAGUUCUGGCUCGGAAAUGAGCUUCUUCACAACCUAACCAGUGUCGGCCCUGUGAGUCUGAGAGUGGAUUUGCGAUCUGGAAAUGACACUGCCUACGCUCACUACGCCAACUUCUCCAUUGAUUCAGCGGACAGGCACUAUACCCUUACAGUGUCUGGCUACACUGGAACUGCAGGUGACUCUAUGAGGUACCAUAAUGGGCGUCCAUUCUCCUCCCGGGACAAGGACCCUGAUCCUCUGGGGAUCCACUGUGCCAGGGCCUACAUGGGAGGCUGGUGGUACAAGAACUGCUACAAGACCAACCUUAAUGGUCUUUAUGGCAUUAGCAGUAAUAAUCAGGGAAUCGUCUGGAUAGACUGGAAAGGUAAAGACUCCUCCAUUCCUUUCACUGAGAUGAAGUUCAGACCGUCCAGGUUCUCUCCUGCAACUCAUGGCUAAGGAUACAUCAGUCUUCACGGGUUCUCCAACCUGAAAAUCUCACACCUGCUCCAGAAAUCCAGAAGACAGCGGAUCUCACAGUUGCUGCAUGUCACUUUCCAAUUGAAAUUGCAUGUACAGUGGUUUUGAUAGCUAUAAUGACAGCUUUCAGUACCUUUCAUUCACUGUGCAGGAUUUUUUUCUGAUCUGUUUUUUUUUCUCUUCUGGAAACCAAAAGAGUGGAUAAAAUGUAUUAUUGCAACUUUUUGUAUACUGUUCGGCCUGACCCAUGCAUUUCAACAUAGUUUUGUUUUGACUCUAAUACCUUCUUGUGCACCACCAUGGUAUG